UUCCCAUCCCUACUCCCGGGCCCCCAGUAGCCGGCCAUUCUCAGCAUCCCACCUGCCGUCCUGCUGGCUUCUGCCCCUCCUCGACCUCAAUUCCCCUGACCAAGAGAACCCUGUCCUAACCUUCUCGCCAGACUCAACUAAACUCCUCUUUCUUCUCUUUGCCAGCUCCUGACUCCCAAAUUCCAGCUAACAUUUGACCUUUUGACAUUUGACUCCAGAACUUGAAAUUCCUACCCUUUGCACACUGGAAUGCUGAAACAGGUCUUUCCUGAUUUCUGACCGUUUCUGAAGGUCAUUUUGACUUUAUUACUUCUGGGCCAGUUCUUGCUACUGCUACCCAACCAUGGACUUCUUGAUGAGUGGCUUGGCAGCCUGUGGUGCCUGUUUGUUCACCAAUCCCCUGGAGGUGGUGAAGACUAGGAUGCAGUUGCAGGGAGAACUGCAGGCCCCCGGUACCUACCAGCGGCACUACCGAAACGUCUUCCAUGCCUUCAUCACUAUCGGCAAGGUGGAUGGACUAGCUGCCCUGCAGAAGGGCCUGGCCCCUGCUCUCUUAUACCAGUUCCUGAUGAAUGGCAUUCGUCUGGGCACCUAUGGGCUGGCUGAGGCUGGGGGCUACCUACACACAGCUGAAGGCAACCUCAGCCCUGCCCGCAGCGCAGCAGCUGGGGCCAUGGCUGGUGUCAUGGGUGCCUACUUGGGAAGCCCAAUCUACAUGGUGAAGACACACCUACAAGCACAGGCAGCCUCAGAAAUUGCUGUAGGGCACCAGUAUAAGCAUCAGGGCAUGUUUCAGGCACUAAUCAAGAUUGGCCAGAAACAUGGUCUGGUGGGGUUGUGGCGUGGGGCCGUGGGCGGCCUGCCUCGAGUUAUCAUCGGUUCCUCCACCCAGCUGUGUACCUUCUCAUCCACCAAGGACCUCAUGACCCAGUGGGAGGUAUUUCCUCCCCAGAGCUGGAAGGUGGCUCUGGCAGCUGCCAUGGUGAGUGGCAUUGUGGUGGUCCUGGCCAUGACACCCUUUGAUGUGGUCAGCACAAGGCUCUACAACCAGCCCACAGACACUCAGGGCAAGGGUCUCAUGUAUCGGGGAAUGCUGGACGCUCUGCUGCAGACAGCUCGGACAGAGGGUAUUUUUGGCAUGUACAAGGGUAUAGGAGCCUCCUACUUCCGCCUCGGCCCUCACACGGUCCUCUCCCUCUUCUUCUGGGACCAGCUUCGCAUCCUCUACUACACAUACACCAAGUAACAGCCACUCUUCCACACUCCACCAAAUCGGCACUCCUUGGACACUUCUGACUCCAUUACUAUGUCCUGGUGACUUCUGCCCAGGUGACCUUUUAUCCAUCAAAGGGGGAUAGCCAAUCUCACUAUUUUCUCAGGGUUGAACCACUACAAGAGAUAGUUUCCCUCCCUUCCUUGGGUGUCAUUUUAAACCUUCACCUGUCCCCCGGUACAUUUCACUCCUUUCCCUCAGGGCUGAACCAGUCACUCCAAAGUGUAUUUCCUCCCUUUCUCCACUGCCAGCCUUGGGUCCCUUCUGAUCACAUGAACAAUUUUAAAUUCCCCCUCCAAGACCAAAGGGAAUUGGGGAGA